AAACUGACAGUCUUCACCAGAAGGAUGGGGAUCCUAACAAGUCUGAUGUACAUCAACAACUGUACACUUCCGUCUCUAACCAGGAGUAAAGAUGGCCAUGAAUGGUUCUCCAGCUUUGAAUUCUACCCUGUUGCUGUUGGCAGUCGAAAAACAGCGUUCGAGGGCAUGAUGUACGUUCCAAAUAAUUACUGGAGUCAAACUCAAGCAAUAAUAAAAUGUACGAACUAUGGACAAGGAACGGAAGACGAUGUCAAGGCUGAAGUGAGUGGUGCAAUCAAAGCACAGGAAUUCGGUGAAGAGUUUUCGAAAAAGUUUCCCCAAUUUUCAAUCAAAUUUCAGCACCCUCUAGCGGCCGUGAUGGACACUGUUUCAGUGUUCAAUGGUAUCUUUCGUUUCCUGAAAGGUUACGACAAAGUUCUCAGCGAAGGAGAGUGCGUGUUGUUGGAAGAGAAACUGAAAGGUGAUUUUGUUUCUUUUAUUUACAAAAACGGUGUUACCACAGCAAACUGUGAGGCUAUCCUUCAGGCGUUCUGUCAUUACACCUACUCCGCUAGUAAGGAGGAGCUUGUGGUAUGCGGACUACAGGGUGUUAAGAACGGAAACUCGUACACCUUAUCCACUCCAUGUGUUCACUCCCGUUCUCGACAAUACGGCAACACAGACGCUGGAGAGGGUGGCAUUUCCACUUUCUUCUCACACCAUCAAUGUAAUGCCUACUGCAGUGAGUUACCAAAGUUUUCAUAG